GGGGAGUGCGGGGAGCGCGGCGAGGAGGGGGUCCCCGGGAGCUCUCUAUGGAGGAGGGAGCUCAAGAUGAUGUGCACCAGGAAAACCAAAACUUUGGUGUCCACUUGCGUGAUCCUGAGCGGCAUGACCAACAUUAUUUGCCUGCUCUACGUGGGCUGGGUCACCAACUACAUCGCCAGCAUGUACGUGCGGGGGCAGGAACCGGCCCCUGUCAAGAAGCUAGACGAAAGCCAAGGAGACACGCUGAAGAUUAUUGAACGUCUGGACCACCUGGAGAAUGUUAUCAAGCAGCAUAUCCAAGAUGCUCCUGCCAAGCCUGAGGAAACAGAGGCUGAGCCCUUCACAGACUCCUCUCUGUUUGCACACUGGGGCCAGGAGCUCAGCCCUGAAGGCCGGCGUGUGGCCCUGAAGCAGUUCCAGUACUAUGGCUACAACGCCUACCUCAGUGACCGCCUGCCUCUUGACCGACCCCUGCCCGACCUCAGGCCCAGUGGGUGUCGCAACCUCUCAUUCCCCGACAGCCUGCCAGAGAUGAGUAUUGUGUUCAUCUUUGUCAAUGAGGCCCUGUCAGUGCUACUACGCUCCAUCCACUCAGCCAUGGAACGCACACCUCCACACCUGCUCAAGGAGAUUAUCCUGGUGGAUGACAACAGCAGCAAUGAGGAGCUGAAGGAGAAGCUGACGGAGUAUGUGGACAAGGUGAAUGGCCAGAAGCCGGGCUUCAUCAAAAUUGUGCGCCACAGCAAGCAGGAAGGUCUCAUCCGUUCCAGGGUCAGCGGCUGGAGGGCAGCCACUGCCCCAGUCGUAGCGCUCUUUGAUGCCCAUGUGGAAUUCAACGUGGGCUGGGCUGAACCUGUCCUCACCCGAAUCAAAGAGAACCGGAAGCGGAUCAUCUCGCCAUCCUUUGACAACAUCAAAUAUGACAACUUUGAGAUUGAAGAGUACCCACUGGCUGCUCAGGGCUUCGACUGGGAGCUGUGGUGCCGCUAUCUAAAUCCCCCCAAGGCUUGGUGGAAGUUGGAGAACUCCACAGCCCCAAUCAGGAGUCCUGCCCUCAUUGGCUGCUUCAUUGUGGACCGGCAGUACUUUCAGGAGAUCGGCCUGCUAGACGAAGGCAUGGAGGUGUACGGCGGUGAGAAUGUUGAACUUGGGAUUAGGGUGUGGCAGUGUGGCGGUAGUGUGGAAGUUCUGCCCUGUUCGAGAAUUGCCCAUAUUGAGCGGGCCCACAAACCCUAUACUGAGGAUCUCACAGCCCAUGUUCGCAGGAAUGCACUGAGGGUGGCAGAAGUCUGGAUGGAUGAGUUUAAAAGUCAUGUCUACAUGGCAUGGAACAUACCCCAAGAGGACUCAGGAAUCGAUAUUGGGGACAUCACUGCCAGGAAGGCUCUGAGAAAACAGCUGCAGUGCAAGACCUUUCGUUGGUACCUGGUCAGCGUUUACCCAGAGAUGAGAAUGUACACAGACAUCAUUGCCUAUGGGAUGCUGCAGAACUCUUUGAAGACAGAUCUGUGUCUUGAUCAGGGCCCAGAAACAGAGAAUGUUCCUAUCCUGUACAUCUGCCAUGGCAUGACACCCCAGAACGUGUACUACACAAGCAGUCAGCUGCUCCACGUGGGUCUCCUGAGCUCCACAGUCGAUGAUGAUGACAACCGGUGCCUGGUGGACGUCAAUAGUCGCCCGCGGCUCAUCGAGUGCAGUUAUGCCAAAGCCAAGAGAAUGAAGCUUCACUGGAAGUUCUCUCAGGGAGGCCCCAUCCAGAACCUCAAGUCUAAGCGCUGUCUGGAGCUGCAGGAGAAUAACGAGGCAGAGUUCGGCUUCCAGCUGGUGCUGCAGAAGUGCUCAGGCCAGCACUGGGGCCUCACCAACGUACUGAGGGGCUUAGCCUCCUGACCAGGACCUCCAGGACCUCUGCCUGUCCACCCCUCCCCCUCCUUUGCUACUGUGUAGCACCCUCUGCCACCUUGCCUGCUGUCUGUGUGGGGUUGUUGGGCGUCUGGGGAACCAGGUGAGUGGGUCCCCCUAAACAGAGCUUUUUAUUUCCUAUUGAAUUUUCAUGGCGUUUAUAGAGAUGCUGAUUGGUGGGUGAGGGGAUCAUAUCAUAAACUAUUUUGCAACUGUAAAUAGGAUCACAUGGAAAAUAUUUAUAAUGGACAAUAAAAUACUGUUGAUUAAGAAA